AUGACCAGCAAGCCCACUCUCAUCUUUGUCCCUGGUGCAUGGCACACCCCCAAAUACUGGGGUAAAGUCAUUUCAACCAUGGAAUCUAAACAGUACAAGUGCAAACCAGUCACUCUCCUUACUACCCUGAACAAAAGCAAAGACAUCAACUUCGCAAGCGAUGUCACGCAUGUUCGCGAUGCUAUCAAAGAAGAAAUAUCCUCUGGACAAGACGUUGUUCUUGUGGUUCAUUCAUACGGCGGCGCUGUCGGUGCUAGCGCUAUUAAGCAACUAUCGCGAAAGACUGCAUCAUGUGAUGAAAACAAAGGACACGUUAUCGGACUCUUCAUGGUCGGAACAGGCUUCGUCGCGCCAGGAAUGUCCUUCCUAGAAGGAAUCGGCGGCAAACCACCACCAACAUGGGACGCCGACUACGAGAAUAACACUAUGCCCAUCAAAGUGGAUCCGAUCGACAUGCUGUACCAUGACCUCCCCAAGCUGGAAGCGGAAGCCUGGGUGGAAAAGCUUACUGAACAGGCUCUAACAUCUGUGACGGAUGGAUAUGAAAUUGCCCACGAGGGAUGGAAGGAUGUGCCUGUUUGGUAUAUUAUGACCACUGAGGAUAGGGCUCUUCCUCUGGAGGUGCAGAGGCUGUUUGCUGAUACGGCGGAGAAGUCUGGUGCGGAUCUGACUCGGAGGGAAAUUGCGAGUAGUCAUUCUCCCAUGUUGAGUAAGCCUGAGGAGACGUCGAAGCAUCUGGAGGAUGCAAUCGAAGCGUUCACUGCAUCGGACGCCCAGAAAAAGAUUUAG